CUUUGUCAUAAAAGCGUUGCGUUUCCUCAACGAGGAUUCUAAGUGUUUGCCUCGUUCAAUCUGCGAAGCGAUGGAUGUCGAAAACGGUGCUAAUGAGGAAGAUUCCAGUCCUAGCCACAAGAUGAAAGAGUAUAACAGCGAUUCGGUCCAAGUAAACGGCAUAAACGGCUACUCGGACAAGAAGGGCCACAAAUCGGAGCAUAAAGACAAGCACAGAGACAAGGACCGCGAGAGAGACAGGGACAAAAGUAAAAGUAAAGAGCACAAGAGCUCGAAGGAUAAAGACCGGCAUAGUUCCAGUUCGAAGGAUAAAGAUCGAGAUAAGGAACGACAUAGUUCGCACAAGUCUUCAAGUCGAGACAAGGAGCGCACCGACAAGGACAAGCACCGCGACAAGGACAAACACCGGGACGAGAAAAAAUCCUCCAAGGAUAAGGACAGAGAACACAAGAGUUCGGACCACAAGUCGAGCUCGAAGGAUAAAGAAAAGGACCGGAAGGAUAAAGAGAAGCACAGCUCCUCAAAGGAUAAAGAUAAGGACCGACACAGCAGCUCCAAAGAUAAGCACAGAGACAAAGAUAAGCAUCAUUCCAGCUCUAAAGAUAAAGACAAGAAGGAUAGAAAAGAGAGGAAGAGCGAGAAAGAAUCGGAGAAAUCCUAUGACGACGAGAGAGAAAAGAAGAAUAAAAACCAUUCAAAACAUGAAAAUGACGUGGGGAGAGAAGAUUCCGCGAAAGAAGAUUCAAUCGAUGAAGAUGAUAAUAAGCUCAUAAUCAAAGAAGAACCCGAAUCUCAAGAUGAAGUUGAUGACAAAAAUGCCUCAACUGUGAGCAGCUGUGAUUACAAUUUGUCUCAAUUUAAAUCGGACGAAUCGAGAUUUGAGGAUAGUAAUGCUGAUGUAAAACAGGAAGAUGACAGCGAUGAAGAUUUGCCUCUGCGAAAACCGUUCGCUCACAGACACAAAUUGUCUGCCAGAAUGGAACAUCCAUCAGUUAAAAGAAAAAUUGAGUCUGACGACGAAGAUGACAUGCCGUUAAAUGCGCGAAAGAAACCAAAGAAAGAGAAGAAGGAUAAGUCUGAAAAGAAGAAAAAGAAGAGAUCUAUAGAGGAUGAAGAAGAAGAAGAGUGGGAGCGACCUGUAAAAAAAGAGAAGAUUAAGAAAGAAAAGGAUUCGAUCAAGACUGAGGGUGAAAGUCCUAAGAAAGGUGGACGAAAGAAGAAAGAAGAGGAACCGCAAGAAGUGUGGAAAUGGUGGGAAGAAAAAAAGGAAGAUGAUGGAAAGAAGUGGAAAUUUUUGGAGCACAAGGGUCCUGUUUUUGCACCACCAUAUGAACCAUUACCUGAUCACGUGAAAUUCUACUAUGAUGGCAAAGAAAUGAAAUUAUCUCAAGAAGCUGAAGAAGUAGCCAGUUUCUAUUCAAAAAUGUUAGAUCACGAUUACACAACAAAAGAAGUGUUCAAUAAUAAUUUCUUCAAAGAUUGGCGAAAAGUGAUGACAGAAAGCGAAAGAAAAUUGAUUAAAGAUUUAAGAAAGUGCAAUUUUAAAUCAAUGCAUGCCUACUACAUGGAUCUUGCAGAGAAAAAUAGAAAUCGUACAAAAGAAGAGAAGCAAGCGAUAAAAGAGAAAAACGAGGCUUUGGUUAAAGAGUAUGGAUUUUGCAAUAUAGACGGCCACAAGGAAAAAAUAGGUAAUUUCAAAAUUGAACCACCUGGUUUGUUCAGAGGGCGCGGGGAACAUCCAAAAAUGGGGAUGUUGAAACGGCGAGUGGAGGCUGAGGAUAUUAUAAUUAAUUGUAGUAAAGAUUCGAAAAUACCGGAACCUCCACCGGGACACCAAUGGAAAGAAGUCAGACAUGAUGACAAUGUUACGUGGUUGGCCUCAUGGACUGAAAACGUACAGAAUCAAGUGAAAUACAUAAUGCUAAAUCCCAGUUCAAAAUUAAAAGGCGAAAAGGAUUGGCAAAAAUACGAAACUGCCAGAAGAUUACACAAGUGCAUUGAUAAAAUUCGUGAAGAGUAUAAAGAUGAUUGGAAGUCGAAAGAAAUGCGUAUCAGACAGCGUGCAGUGGCCUUGUAUUUCAUUGAUAAACUAGCGCUGAGAGCAGGUAACGAAAAAGACGAAGAUCAGGCGGAUACAGUAGGCUGUUGCUCGCUCCGAGUUGAACAUAUCUCUCUACACAAGGAAAAAGACGGCAAAGAGUACGUUGUAGUGUUUGAUUUCCUGGGUAAAGACUCUAUACGUUACUAUAACGAAGUGCCGGUCGAAAAACGUGUCUUCAAAAACUUGCAACUUUUCAUGGAACACAAAUCGCCAGGGGAUGAUUUGUUCGAUCGUCUCAAUACCGCAAUUAUGAAUAAACAUCUGAACGAACUAAUGGAAGGCCUCACAGCGAAAGUGUUCCGUACUUACAACGCGUCUUGGACUUUGCAACAACAGUUGGAUAAAUUGACAAAUGCGGACGAUUCAGUGGCGGAGAAAAUUUUAGCUUACAAUCGGGCGAAUCGCGCGGUUGCUAUCCUCUGUAACCAUCAACGUUCAGUGCCGAAAGGGCACGAAAAGUCCAUGGAAAAACUAAAGGAGAAAAUCGAUGCGAAGAAGGAAGCGAUAAGAGAUGCAGAACGACAGGUCAAAGAUGCGGCAAAAGAUGCGAAACACGGCAGUGUUAAAGAGAAAACCGUCUAUGAUAAAAAGAAGAAAAUGUUGCAACGCUUGAAGGAACAGUUGACGAAAUUGGAAAUCCAGGAAACUGACAGAGACGAAAAUAAAACCAUCGCUUUGGGUACUUCCAAACUUAAUUAUUUGGAUCCCCGUAUCAGUGUCGCUUGGUGUAAAAAAUACGGUGUCCCAAUCGAAAAAAUCUAUAACAAGACGCAAAGAGACAAGUUUCGUUGGGCUAUCGAUAUGGCAGGUCCAGAUUACAUCUUUUAAUUUAGUGAAAUUUUUCAUUUUAAUGCACCUCUGUGCUGUUCCGUGUGUAAUUAUGUUAAGUUGUAAGUAAUAGUGAAGUUUUAACAAUUAAUUUAUUGUGAAUAAAUUUGAAAACGUUGUAUGGAAGCGGUGCAUUUUUUAAAUAAUUGUUUUAUCAAGAAACGAAUCAUCUAUCAUUUUUUUAAAUCUGGAUUAUUUUAGGCGACCUUGUAAGAGCUUUAGUUAAUGUAAAAAUAUUUAUAUUUUGAACAAUCCAUUUUAGUUAUUAUAUUCCUGUUACAAUAACAGUGAUUGUAGGAGUCUGUAUAUUACAGAUUUGAUAAAAUAAAGAAUAUAAAAAUA